UUAUAGUUUGUCGUUGAUUCUUAUUUUGUACAAUUAUACUGUCAUACAAUAUCCCUUUUUAAUGCGCAAUAACCUUCAGAGAUAUUGAAGUAUUCUUGAGCCGUCCUUGAGGCAUCUCAACGCUAAUUAGCUUCRUUUAGUUUAUUGACCACACAACAAGUCACAUAAAUAAACCAUACCAACAACCUCCGUUACAUGAAAAGCAAUAUUGCUGUACAACAACUUGGUUGAUUGCUUUACAAGCAUUGCUGGGAACACAGACAAAAGGCAUUCUGGGUAGCAAGCCAAACACCGACAAUACAAUCCAAAAAGCAAAACACAAGCGAAGUUAGCAAGCCAUAUUAGACUGAUAGGAUUCAUUUAGCACCCGAAAUGAUUCCAACAGUUCAGUAAUUUCCUAUCAUUCGUUUAGUACACCGGCACUUAGCUCAAAUCUUUAGUGGUUUUUAAAUCAAUUAAGAUUAGGAAGUGACAAGGAAGCAAGAAUGAACAACACGACUACAAAGCCSUCUAUUCCCGCAGAUACAAGUGGUUUGGCUAUAUGGGCGACUGUGUACGGUGGUGUUGCAGUGGCUGUUGUUGUAGGAAAUUCCAUUAUCAUCACUGCGUUUUGCGUGAACAAAAAACUUCUUCAUACACGAACAAACUACUUCUUGGUGAGUCUGGCGGUGGCAGACCUUCUCGUUGGUUCAUUCUCAAUUCCUAUGUACGUUUACGACAUUUAUGCUUAUUUACAACAAGCGUCGAAYMGACUUCACGACAUCUACCCCUCCAUCGAUAUCUUCACAGCUUUCGCUUCAAUAUUCGCACUGGUUUUAGUAGCACUCGAGAGAGCGUACUCAGUAAGCUAUCCUCAUAAGCACCGACUUGUCAACCGGAGGAUUUACUUUAUUCUUAUUCUAUGUGUUUGGAUUAUGGCCUCGUGGCUUGGUGCUUURAACUUCUUCGGCGCUUACAAGUUAAAGUACACCAAGAAGAAAACAAUCAAAGAUGUGUUUAUAUACAUCAUGAUGGUUUUUAUUUUMGUCUCGCUCAUUCUUAUAACCACCGCGUACAGCACAAUAUGGCGACGGGUGAGAGCACCAGCGCAYUCCCUGCACAAAUCRCGYUCUCUACAAGAAAAUCGACUGGCAAAGACUUUGAUCAUUGUGACAUGCGUGUUCUUUUUGUGCUGGCUACCAUUUUACACCAUAAGCAUYGUGAUAUUCUACUGUCCACUUUGCUACCAUAUACAAGUUGUUUACUUUUGCAAGUUACUGCAAUAYAGCAACUCAUUGGCCAAUGUMCUGAUUUAUACUCUUAGAAUACGUGAUUUUAGACACACGGUYUUUCGUCUGUUUCGUCGAGACAAACGACCACUGUCACUACCCAGUCUCCCGACCCCCAAACACGAAGUUGCAAUUGACGGUAACAUUUAUCAUGAAUACCAUACGGCAAAUGAAGUACAUUUGAUGCAUAUUGCKGAUAUUGACUCAAGCUCGCCCAAAGAACAAGACUUGCUAAAAGUCGCGGAAAAUCCGUCGGACCCACUUGGUCCUAAAUCCAGCAAACGAAAACAGUACUUCACGAGUUAUAGCGUGUAACAAAGAAGAAUGAAAGACUUUCAGUUUCRUAGAUUUAGGAAACGUCUUUUAAUAAGUAGAACAUUUUCUGGUUGAAAAGGGACUGAGAAGAGUUGAUAAAUGUUAACAGAUUGGCAGCCUUAAGCACCCAGGGAACGAUAGUCAGUGAUAUAGUGAAAGACGUAUCUAAUCCCGGCAGCGCGGUUAUCCUAGUAGGAGCCGCCACAAUUAGUGACAGAAGGGCUCACUCAGGAGAGCUUUCUUGAAAUGUUGUUUUACAUAAGAGUUAGACCCUUAAGCUAGYACACCUAAUCUAAAUACAUAUAUGACCACGUGGAGUCAAUUGCUUCGAGCUAUUAUAGGAAAUAGUCCUGUCUAUACAAUAAAACGCUUCAAGCUUAUUUCAAAAUUCAUCGGCUACAUCAAAAACWAGCGGCUUUUUUCCAACAAAAUGAGAUUAAAAAAUGGACACUCAGGAUGUUUUUGGAAAUGUUAUGUUAGAGAAAUUGCRAAACUUUUAUCCGUUGUCCGUUAUAAAUCAGCGUUAUAAAACCGCUAUCUAUGUCGAAAAAUGGCAGACCUUGCGGUCAAAUAAACAGUGGAAAAAAAGAAAGAAAAAAGAAAAAAACAUAGAAAAAAAAAAUAGAAAAAAGUUUCCUUCAGUAGAGGGUAAYAAAAAAAUGUAGCGAAACGCGAACUCUAUUGCUAGUGCUUCCGGACUUAUCUCAAGAACGAAAAAGCGUUUUGYCUCAGCUGUAAGAUUAAGACGCGAGGUAUACAACUCUCUCAAAACAGGUAGUCGUUGAAUAUGUACUUGACAAACUGACAAGAAGCACUAGAGAUUGCAUAAUGUAACUAUACACUACUGAGCUUUCUUUCCGUCUUGCAAUUUCCAUUUACGCCCCGCGGCUCAGACACAAUCUACCAUCUUUCCUAAAAUACCUAUAUAUCAAAAUCAAAUGGUUAUCUGAAACUUCUUUUCCGUACCGAUUGACUGUUUCUUGUGUAUAUGAUCUACAUCGUGAUAAAAUAAAGGUCAUGUGACCGUAAUACGACAAUGUUGACUGGCUUUUAUCAUAAAUAAUGCAUGAUUUUACUAGAGUACUUGGGGCUGUUAUCAUUAUUGAACCAGCCCUCCUGGCUAAACUCCCGCAAUGCUUAGUCUUUCUAGUGUGUUAUUAUAUCCGGACUUUUAUCUUCGCAUAAGAAAAAACCGACUUAAAAAGUCAAAAUCCCGGAUGCCGCACUGGCUUACUCAUUCCAAUGUACGUCAUAUGGGGUGAAACAACAUGGCAGUUUUUUGGUCAAUAACAGGAAAGUAACUUAAGUUUCAGAAUUAUAGAAUAUAAUCACUAAUAAUAGUGUAAGGUAGAAAUAAGCUGGUUUAUGUAGUAAACUACAAAAUACGCCUACGAAGUAGAUUGACAGUGUGACAAUCUGACGCACAUGGAUGUAAAUUUACUCAAUUUUGAAUAUGAAAAUAUAGUCAAGAAUAGUAAUA